CUGGGUAGUUGCUCGCCAGUAGAACUCGAGCAUUUUGUGUCCGGAACGAAAGUUUAACCAGUCACAAUGCUCGUUUGGUAUGUACGUGUAAUCUUGCUUUAACAACGCCUUUCUCUUACUAUCUAUUCUCUGCGUUUCCUCCCAUAACGUCAUAUCAAAUCAGAAUGAAUUCUUCCAAAGAAACUACCAAAAGCUCUGGCGAAUCACAACCAGCCUCUGCGAAAAGGAACGAAUGUCAGCUUUACGAAUUAGUUCAAUACCAGUGCGAAGUCGGGAGCACACAUAUUGAAUGCAAUCCCUUCGUUCGAGUCUUUUUACGGUGUACUGGCAAGCCGACAACGGAGGUUACACCAGAAUAUGAUCUCAAUGGUGAUCCAGUGACAAAUGUCUUGCCUGACUUUGGAGCCGUCGGAUCGAAAAAGACGCCUCCUGGCAUAGCCAUGAUGGAAGAGGAAAACAAUUGAUCGUCCUGAGAGCAUUUACUUUUACUGUACAUACACACACACACACAUUAUAUUCUACUUACUGCUACCACUGCACUCAUUGUAUACCACCAACAACAACCCUUUUUUUAUGCAUCAUCCCUUUGUCAAUUUAUCUUAGACGAUUCCAGCUUUAUCAACCAUAGCUAGUGUCAACCUCAUGAUCUUGAUAAACCACUUGCAACUAGACGCAAAGUAUAAAAACAAUCCAGACGCUAUUGCAGCCGUUU